AUGGACAUUAAAAAGUUCUUCACUGCCAUACCAUGCCAUGCCCAGACUCUUUUGCGAGUAGGGACGACACCGGAUUCAAAUGUCGGAGUUGUUGGUGAAGAUGUUAAAGAAAAAACAGAGAAAAGAGUCACUUCUCAGACACGGUUGCCCAUCUUACCGCCAGUGCCGUACCAGCCACGGGACGUCAACUGCAUGACGGUGCAACGGCUCGCUAAACGAACGCUAUGUUUUCAGCGCGCGUGCAACCUGAAAUUCCGGUCUUCCAACAACGACGUUGACGCACAGUUAAGUACGCACCAUCUUGAAGAACAAACGAAGGCGCGCAACGCUCUGCUGAAGAUUGUGACGACCGUCCAGUAUCUAGCGCAGCAGGGACUGGCAAUACGCGGCAAAGAGUCAAGCGACGUCAUUGUCGACGGAACCCAAGACAUCCAAGGCGUUGAACAGGAGGCAAUAUGCGUGCGAUAUAUAGACGACGCUUACGACGUUCACGAGGACUUUAUCGGUCUGUACAGCGUAUCUGAGACGACUGGUGCCAGCCUCAGCAAUAUGCUGCAAGACGCGUUGCUCAGACUCAACCUCCCAAUCACGCAUCUGAGAGCGCAAACGUAUGACGGAGCCAGCAAUAUGUCGGGCAAAUACCAAGGCUGCCAAGCACUGAUCAAGAAAGUACAACCACUGGCAAACUACACGCAUUGCGGUGCACACAUCACGCACCUCAUCUGUGCGAAGGCCAUCGAGAGUGCACCGAUUCCACACCCAAGAGAAUAG